AGUGCUCGAUUGGUUUGAAAGUGUCUCUAAGAACAUCGCGAAAAUGUUUCUGGUGCAGUCGGCGAUUUUCAGCGCACUUCUUGUCGGCCUCGCUACGUCCGCUAAUUCCGAUACGGAAUUGCAGCUGCUCCAUGUGGUAUUUCGCCACGGGGACAAAGUGCCUCAUCGUGAGUUCCAAAACUACCCCAACGACCCAUAUCGCGACCAUUCUUACUAUCCAAUGGGAAGCGGCGACUUGACCAACCAAGGCAAGAUGCGGGAAUACAAGAUCGGGACGAUGCUGCGCGAGAGGUAUGAUCAAUUUAUCGGUCCGGAUUAUUGGCCGGCCAAGAUCUACGCCCGAUCCACGGAGGUCCCGCGGACCCAGCUGUCUCUCCAGUUAGUCCUGGCAGGAUUAUUCCCGCCCUCCGAGAAGCAAACCUGGAAUCCGCACUUGCCCUGGAUUCCAGCUUGGUCGUUCUUCUUGCGGUAUGAGGUUGACAACCUCUUGUUUCCGCAUUACUGUUAUCGAUACAAAGAAGAAUACAGACGAUUCCUUCAGCUAGACAGCACGAAGCAAAUGAUUAAUAAAUACAAGAGCGUGAUGGAUUAUUUGACGGACCACUCCGGCAAAUUGAUUGACAAUACGGGGGCGGUCGCCCACAUAUAUAAUCUAUUGAAGGAAGAGGCGGCGCAAAACCUAACGCUGCCAAGAUGGACGGAGAACGUUUUCCCGAAUCCAAUGCAAGAUAUAAUAGAAUUGGACUUCAAACUUCGAUCGUAUACGAAGACUCUGAGGAGAUUAAAUGGAGGUAUAUUGCUUCGCAAGAUGGUGGACGAUAUUCAGGAACACCGAGCGGGAAAAUUGUCAAGCGACAGGAAAGCUUCCCUAUUUGGCAGUCACGAAGUCAACAUAGCUGCAGUUGCCUACGCUCUAGGAACGAACGAACCAACGGUACCCGCUUAUGGCUCUGCAAUCAUUUUGGAAACUCAUCGCGAUAAGAAAGGAUCCUAUUAUGUUCGGGUCAUACUAUGGACUGGCGUUACCGAGCAACUGAUCGUCCAAACAAUCCCCGGCUGCGCGGAAUUAUGUCCUUUUGAAAAGUUUCUUGGCAUUGUGAAGGACGUUCUGCCGAACGACGAUGAGUAUUACUGUCAUAAGAAUAAAACAACGGACGACUUGAAGCCGAAUGCGCAUCAUCGGUCAUCGGCGGCGAGCAUCGCCGACGACAGGAUUUGGCGGCAUAUCUUCCUCGUGGUUUUACUCGCGUUCACAUCGAAAUUCGUGCAGAAGUGAUUUCCAGUCGCGAGAAACGCGGUAUAUAUUCUAGAUAUUUAUUUAUUUCGGUACUUCCGCGCGACUAAGCAAAGCAAAGGAACAGUGAUGUAAUCCUUAACCGGGGGAAUAGUUGUGAAAAUAAUCAGCGGCUCGCCGAUAGCCGUAUCGGAAAUACCUUACCGAACUAUGAGAGUACCCCGGGUAAAGCCCAGAGAGGUUGCGGCUAUACAUUUCACUGCGUACGUUGCGGUUAUCGCGUUGAUGUAUUUUACCGCAUACAUUGUUAUAUGUCGCGUUGUACACAAAUUCUGUACAUAUGUAAAUAGAUGUAGGUACACCGAUCUUAUUUGAUAAUAGCCAAUAUCACAGCAUGUUCAAAGUAAAUCCCUCACUCGUGAUAUCAAAAGCGCUGGAGCCGGGAAGCCCACGUUGCACUCGAUCAAUCGUUCGUAGAUGUAUGUAAUUAAAUAUUGUCGAUAGAGGUCAUUUCAGAUAUCCACCGACAUUUUUCUCACUGCCGUACGAGCAUCUAGGAACCGCGUCACUACAUUAAUAUUAUCACUCAUUCCGA